ACCAGCAAACAAAGGAAUAUUUUUAUAUACUUUAAAAGCAUAUUUGAGUAAUAAAGCUUCAACGACCAUUCAAUCCUCCAGAUAUUCUUAAAUGGACCUUAGUGUCCUCUCAACAUUUUCCAGGAAACAAUUUUUGGUAGUGAGAUCUUAAAUUUAUGAGGACAUUGGUCGAUAUACAGUUUGCUGUAUUGAAACUUGCAAAAAAACCUCACGGAUCAAUUUUUAUGAAAUGAGAAAAUCCCACGCGUCUGAAAGAAGAUAUGCUAAUGGUUUUUUUUUCAUUUAUAUAUAUAUUUCAUAUAAUUAUACAAAACAUAUAUUUAUUUAAUAGCCGCGUAUAGCCGAUUGAGCUUUUUAAAUUUAUACAUGUUUAAAUGAUAGCUUGUGAUUUAUCAUAUCAUAUAUGAUUUCCUCUACAAGUGAUUUGGUAUUCAAUUUAUUUCCUAGGAUGUUAUAAAUGUUUUCCUUAGUUUUACGUCAGUUCUAAUUAUAGAAGGAUCUCAACAUAUUAGAGAUUAGAAAAAAAAAUACGCAGAAGUUUUUGAGAAACAGCAUUUUUUCACACUUGAUAACAUUUCUAAGCUUCGCCCAUAAAAAUCCACAAAAAUGGGCUCAAAUGAGAAAAUAAAUGAUUCGAUGACAUUUAAUGACCCCAGUCAUACGCGUACUCGUAAAUAUGAAAAAUAAAAUAAAUAAUGUAAAAAUAACGUUGUCUCCUGCAGCUACAAAAUAAACAGAUUUCAGACUUGCGCAAAAUCAAAGAAAACAUUCGAACGGUCUGAAGUCAUCGCCAGAUGUCAUCCACAACAGCCUUCAAACAACUAGUGCACAGCUGAGGCGAACAACGCACUUGAACUCAUCCAAAUAAUCUCAAUAAUUUUCCAUGAUUCAUCAGUGAGGGAGAAAAAAUCCUCACUUAUGUCUGAUCGUCAUCAGUCGUCAUCAACCAAGGACGCUGAGAACUCAUCCAUAUUAAUAAAUUCUCUCAUACCAAUUACAUGUUGUGUGACACGUGUUGAAGUAAGUGAAUCCUCGAGAAACCCAAUAGCACCCAGUAAUUAGCACAUUAGCUGGACUUCUAGGCACUCGUCGUUUGAAGAUUGAACUCCUGAUGGCAUUGUAUCGUGACAAGAACGACAGAAGUGCCUCGAUCACGACGAUUCUCUUCGACCUGGAUAACACCCUCAUUGAGACAAGAAAGGGUGAUAGUUUAGCAUGCAAACAGUUAACGGAGGAACUGACACAGCUAUACAAUGUACCGCAAGAGACAGCUUUGCGAAUCACGGGGAAUUAUCUGAAGCAGUUUAGAAAGUGCCCGGACAAUCCGGCCUACGAUUUGGACACAUGGAGGGAGUCAUUGUGGUCAAAGGCUCUGGGAAAGUACUCACAUGUGGCGAGGAAAAUUUACGAGAGAUGGUUGUACCUAAGGUACUAUUAUUUGAAGAUGCCAGAUGAUACUGUGGAGAUGCUGGUGGAACUCCGAAAGAAGUAUCUCUUGGGGCUGAUAACCAAUGGGCCCUCGUCUGCGCAGAGAGAGAAGGUGCACCGACUGGAGCUGGCGCGUUAUUUUGAUAUUGUUUUGGUCUCCGGGGAUCUACCCUGGGAAAAACCCCAGGCGGAGAUUUUUCAGGAGGCAUGUCGAUCCCUGGAAGUGCGCCCUUCUAAUUGUAUUAUGAUCGGGGACAAGUUGGAGAGUGAUAUUAAAGGGGGAAUCGAUAGUGGCCUGGCUGGAACCGUUUGGAUCCCACUCUCCGAUAAAACUCGUCCAUCACCGAAUGAUCCCAAGCCCGAUUACACCAUCAAAUACAUCACCGAUCUCAUGGCUAUCCUGGACAAACGGCCUGGUGCCCCGGAGCUUGAGGACUCUUCCUCCAACGCCUCCGAUGGAAGUUGAUCAUUUUCCCCUGACGUGGGGUAGCAAUAGUUGAAUUUUUAUUCAAGUUAUAGAUAUCACGACUAUUCGAGGCAUCUGUUUAUCUGGGAAGUAGAUUACCAUAAGAUUAUGUAGAAAGUCAUUCGACCAAAAGUGCCCUAUUGUCCAAGUUACAUCAGUAAUCGAUUGGCAAACAUCAUAAUUUAAUUACUUACACUGAGUCAUUUAAAAAAUGAUGAAUUGAAUUAUCAUCUCUUGUUGCCACUUGACUGAUACAAUUUUUAUCAACAUGUACAGAUUGAUUUUCAAAUCAAAAUAGGAAAAACCCUUGAUUAGAGUUGAUUAAUGUAUAUUGCACUUAACACGACUAACAUGGACUUCGACAUAGGAAUGACAGCACCAUCACUGUAAAAUGAUUAGAUAUAAAACUCUGAUGCUUAUAUUUUUUUACAUAAAUGUCAUAGUUCAGGCUUGGUAACACAAUUAUACAAAAUACGGGCCCAUUCGAUAUCAAGUAUGAGACCAACUUUAGUGAAACGUCAAAAUAUCAUGAAAGAAAUCUUCGUGUAAAAAUAUCUAGGACCGAAAUAUUCGUCAGCACAACAUCCUUUAGUCAAAUGUUUUUGACAUUUUCUUUUCCAAUCGCCUUUAAAAUUCUCACCAUUAUUGAAAUUUUUUGAUAAAGAAUACGUAUUUUUCAUAUAAAUAAACGUAUAUUUUUUGCGAGGCACCAGCAGAUCUCAACAGCAUGAUAGUAUGGAAGAAUAAUAGGAAAUACGUUGGAUGUGGAUAAUAGUUACCUGAAUAUAACGUUCAUGAAUUAUAGCUCGAAGCUGUCCUUAAUCCUGAUUACCUAGCAGAAAAUCAAUAUAUUGUUUUUAUUUCAGACAGCAUGUAAACGCUGAAAAUUCACUUUAAUCGAAACAUUUUUUCCGAUUUAUUUUAAAGGACAAUUUCGACUGGAUGUUUCUGUCGUGGAGUUUUUUUCAAGAUAUUUUUACGCGGAGAUUACUAUUUUUUAACGUGAUUUCUAACCCUUUUUCGAUAGUUUUUGUAGUAUGUUUAGUUUUUGAGAUAAAAAUUAGGAAGGGGUUAAAUAUGGCAAAAUAAACACGUUGAGGAAUUCAUAAAGUGAAAAUCUUCAAUUUGAAAUGGAAAAUGAUUUGUGAGAGUGCUGUUCCUCGAGAUUUUAUUUCUCCAGAGAUCACGCUCAACUUUCACGAGGGUAACCAACUGUCUUGAUUGAUUGUUUUUCCAUGGAAAUUUGUCAAUUGCAAUUUCAAUCUUGGAGAUAUUAACAAACGUAGGCUGAUUGAUCUGAAAUGGGCGUAGAUGAGGAUACUCACAGUCCAUUUCUGGUUAUUUAAUUUCUCCAAAAGAUAACAAUUCACGCUUUUGAGAAUAUUUUAUGCUAUUUUUCAUUCAUUCAGAGGAAACAAUGAUGCACUGAAAAAAUUGUCUACUCCUUGAAUCAUAAUUUUUCAAUCUAUUAAAUUACGUCGACAAUGAAUAUGUUAUCAAUAUCUUUCUUAGUAUUUUAUUUGAUUGGUUUUAGACACUAAGCUUGUUUUGCCAAAAAACUAAACGCCCUACCAAGGUUUUUAUAACCGAUAUUGACACGAUAUUGUCGGCACCAUCCUUGAGGACAAAAUAGCUCGCAUUUUGUAAAAUGGUGUAACAGUCGAAUACGUGAAUCAACGCUGUAUAUACUAUUGUUACAAUUCUUGUGUUUGGGAAUAAAUUUACGUUUCCAGGGGA